AUGGGAUCUGGGAAUGGGUUUUAUUCGGGUGCAGAGUUCAAUUUUGACCCGAAGUGGUUGGUUGAUCCGAAUCUUCUUUUCGUCGGGCCGAAGAUUGGAGAAGGAGCUCAUGCCAAGGUUUAUGAGGGAAAAUAUAAAAACCAUAACGUGGCUAUCAAAAUAGUUCACAAAGGGGAAACGCCAGAAGAGGUUGCCAAGAGGGAAGACCGAUUUGUGAGAGAAGUUGCAAUGUUAUCCAAAGUUCAACACAAGAAUCUAGUUAAGUUUAUCGGAGCUUGCAAGGAACCUAUCAUGGUUAUUGUAACUGAGCUUCUGCUCAGUGGGACGUUGCGGAAAUACUUGCUAAACAUGCGGCCCAAGUGCCUGGACAUGAGAGUUGCAAUUGGAUUUGCACUUGAUAUAGCUCGUGCAAUGGAAUGUUUGCACUCACAUGGAAUUAUACAUCGUGACCUUAAACCCGAAAACUUACUCUUAACGGCAGACCACAAAAUUGUUAAACUUGCGGAUUUUGUUGCAUUGGUAUCUAGUGUUGGCUUGGGAUUAGAAAGCAUCUAG